ACCAUUGUACUUUGCUAUGCACAUUUGGCAUUGAAUCGAGUGCCUUGUACUACUUGCGUGCAAUAACGUAUCAUUUCUCAUCCAAUCUGAUAUCUCUUGCACAUUUCGAAAUGGCUCUGAUAAACGUUUCACGUUUGACUGUGAUAGGAGUCCUAUCUAUAUUCACCUGCUUCAUUCAAGGUACAUUAACCUCGGAAGUACCGGACGAUACCGUGUUAACUGAUGGACAGAAAACGGUACGGAUGGGCGACAGUGUUGUCCUGACAUGUCGGUUUCGAGGCUCACCAUUGGCUGUCUACUGGAAGAAAGGUGACGACCCAAGAAGGGCGCCAAACCUUGUAUCAUGGAUUCCUACUGAUGACGUCACCGGUUUAUGUGAAGGUCAAAGGCCAUGUGAGAUCAUGGAGAUGAAUGAAGAUCGAUCUUUGGUCAUCAAAGAAGUCAGCAUUGCCGAGGAGGGUCGAUACAUCUGUCGAGUAUCGAACUACAAGGGAUACCUCAUUCACAACUUUACAGAUAUCCGUGUAUUUGCGCCUCCCUCGGAACCAUAUCCACGUAUUGAGAAAUGCCAAGAGGAACCCGUCAACAAUGCUCCGCAAUAUUGCAGCCUCCCAGCUUUUGACAGUGUCACUAUCACCUGCACCGCAUCGAAUUACUUUCCCGACAUUGAUCUGUUCUUCAUCCACGAAUCUAUUACGACGAACGCAACAUACUCGCAUACCGGCAUCGAGACAAACGUGGACGGCACUAAAAACAGAUCGGUUUCCAUCGUCGCCAAGCCGAGUGAAACCCCCUAUGUGUGCGUGGCGUCCCGUAUCCCUGGAUCGCAAGACCGAAGGACAGUGAGUGUAACAGUGUAUCCUAUUGAUACAAAAGUUGCCAUGACGACAGCACAAACUAAUCAAACGACUCCACCUCACCAGAGACAUGUAGCAGCCAAAGUUGUUGUACCGCUUAUUCUGAUAAUAUUGGUAGCGGUUCUCGUUUGCGUCAUCAUCUGGUGGUAUAGGAAGAAGCGGGCAUCGAAUUACGGGAAAGGGGACUUGGAAGCGUCGCCUUUGCGCCCGAUGCAAGAUAUCAAAGGGAAAGUUUCUUUUUAUGAAUUAUGGAACUUGAUACAUCACAUGGAAUCUACAUACUCGAGAAAACUACGGGUGGCCCUCAUCAACCUGAAUAUAUGUCGGGCAGAAGAUGAACUAUCUGCAGACAAUGCCUAUAAUUCGCUUUGUCAAUGGAAGGAUACAAAUACAUACGAUGAUGAAGCUGCGGUGCUGAAAAAUGCAUUAACUGGACAUGCACUUAAGCCAUUAUGGGAAAAAAUGUGCGGUAAGAGAUAUGAAGCAACGAAUGUUCCUGACAAAUCAUUGAAUCGUAUUUUAUGGAACGUUGGUGGUGAUAAACAAGUACGAAGUUUCUUUCGUGAACUUCUACAUGACCAACAAGAGAGUUCGUUGGAAUGGUUCGGAAAUGAAAGUGAUGGAAUAAAGGAUGCUACGACAUUUCUAAGGAAAUGGUGUGACAAAGAACAUGAAGAAAACCAAAUAGUCCAACUAAGUUUAGCUCUAGAAAGAGCCAAUUUCAAGCCUUUAGACAGAUCAUUUUUCGAAGAUCUUGAAGUGCCCGAAUAUCUUCAGCAAGCGAUAACCCCUGCUGAGAUUCAGAAGUGUGUCUACAGACUCACAGAAAGGCAUGUUAGGAGGUUGGCCACGUCUGUUAAGAUAAAGGAUGAAAAUCAAAUAACCACCACCAUCGAUGAAAAUAAGGAAGUGCUGUUGAUCGUUGAACAGAUGAUAAAUGACUGGUUGAUUGGACAAGAAUGUGGCAACUAUGAGAAGAGAUGUAAACUGGAUGAUGCCAUCAUUGAGAUUGGUCGCCAUGAUAUGACAGAUUCAUUUGGGACAACGAGCUACAGAGCCCAAUCAGGAGACGAUCAUAAGAGAGAACAUUCUUAUGCGAAGUACUUCGAUUGCAGCAGUUUAUUUGAUGACGACAUCGAAUCGUUGCUCAGGUAUCUUCCAACAGGUGCGAUACCAAUGUUUCUCCAAAAACUGGGGAUUUCACGAUCACAAGGAGACGACGAUGUCGGAGAAAGGCUCCGAUGCUGGAGAGAUCAAAGGAUCGGGAAACCCAAAGGAUGUUCCCUACAAGAAACAACUGCAAUCCUUAUAGAUACCCUGCAGGAGACAAAUAACAAUUUCGUGUUGUCCUUAAACGAUGAUGAUCUGGAAAACAUAGUUGCAAGCAUGACCUCUCCAAAGCAGAUGGAAGUACUCGCAUCGAAGCUGAAGAUAAAACCGGAGGGACCACCAUUACAAACCCUCAAAGACUGGAUGGAUGGGUCUAAAAAUGACAAUCGUCGUGACAUUUUGUGGAAAGCGCUCACUUCGAGUGAAUUAUCAGGAUGCAUCGUUCAACAACUUCCUUCAGAACACGUUUACAAACCUGAGAUGUUACGGUUAGCUUGGAGCAUGUUUUCUAUUGACGUUCUGCCAUUAGCGAACUUACUCGACAUGAAUAUCAACAGAAGGGAUUCCCAGUUGAAAGGAACUGCUAAUUUGUUUCUGAAACUGUUUGAAAAAUUGAUUACCUUAGACUCAGUUCGUCGUCGUGAUUUCUUUUUUGCCAUCAGAAAACUAGGGUAUCUGGAUGUUGCACGAUCUGCAUAUUUUGGUUAUGACGCAAGCCUUAGCGAACUGUGCAACAUGGUAUCAGGGCUGUCGAAAGUCGAAAUUGUGAAGUUGAUGGACAAUCUGGAAUUAGACAAAGAUGCUCUCUCAGUCUGUAAAGGAACAACAGGAGAAUACGACAUCGUCAGACUCAUGGAGAUCUGGAAAGGACGACACAGUUCAGGACCAUUCCACUACAGAUUAAAGUUAGCUUUAGGUCUACGUGCUGCUGGAAAAACCGAGGUUGCCAGGAAGAUUAUUGCAGGGAUAGGUAUCUCUGACAUGGUGACAGUCAAUCCCGAUGUGGUGAAAAGGAUAUGCGACGGAAUUGGCAAUGGUCAAUUGAGAAGGCUUGCGGAACACCUUGGAUUAAAUGCCAAAGGAGAUAACCAUGUCGAUACUUCAGCUCUUGUUAUCCAGUGGGCAACAGAGUGGUUCAGCAAGGCUGACCGUUCUUCACUUCUCCAAUCCCUUAAAGGUACGUUCACGUUCACCACCGAGGAGAAAUCUCGUAAACAAAAAGAAAUCGACAAUCUUUUCAAGGCAGGAUUUGGCAGACUUGCUGAAGAACUAAUGCUCCUCGAGGUAUCUAGACUAUGUCUCAUCAAGCAGGGGCCGAUGACAUUAUCCGAUGAUUUCGUAGAUGAAACUUGCGAAAGUAAAAAUCAAGAGACACCUGAACAAAUGGAAUCUGAGAACAAUCCACCAAGCGAAGCAUGUUCCAAGGACUCAAGUACGGGUGUUCAAGGGACAUCAUGCAACAACGAGAAUGACGAUACGUAACUGUAGGGAUAUGCUUGAACUGUCGGAGAGCUCCUUAAAGUUGUUUCCAGGAGUGAAAAGAAAUUUUGGGGGAUAAUUUUUUUUCUUCAAAUAUUAAUAUGAUUGUAGUGGCAAAGACGCCGCUGAGAUGGUUAUUAAUGCUAUGGGAAGGGCUAUUAUAGCUACCGAAGAAGAAUAUACAAAUGUAAAUAGAACCAUGGAGGUAUCUAUUAUACCUUGGCUAUGAGACUCGAUGGUGAAUUAGUUCAAAUGAUACAAGGAUUCCCCCCCCCCCCCGUUUUCAAAGUAAGUUUUAAUACAAAUUCAUUUUUUGUAACAUCUUUGUUUUUUGUGACACACUUUAACUCGAUUGACGGAAUAAUCGUUGAGUAGUGUGCGUAUAAUUAUAUAGAUCGAGCCUUCAAACAGUUAGCUAUAUUCAUAGAAUUGUUUGAUGAAGGCCCAGUGGUCAGAUAUUAUGUCUACAAUGUCAGUACAACUAUUGAAUUCGUCAUAUUUUUGCCAUUAAAUUUUAAAUGAAAUGAAAUGUGACACUGCUAUGAUUGUCACAAAUCGGUAUUCUGAACAGUGUUUUUUCUUUGUCAUAUCUCUGAGAAAGAUAGAAUGUCGAGAAAAGACAAUGUUCAGAAUACCGUCCCUGAAGAUCAACACUAAAUUUUCAUGUCUGAAGAAUCAUUGAGAGUUAUGAUAACUAGAUAUUUAAUGUCAUUUUUAUGCUCUCUGUUCUUCAUGUUGUAUAUGAAUUCACAAUUUUAUACAAGAUAUUCAUUUUCUGCAUAUUAGAGUCUUUCUUGACUUUUUUCAAUUUGACUUAUUUAUACACUCGCGUUAAAUGAUUUUCCAUUAUAUCCUUUUCUAGAAGUAGUCCAUGUUGGGAAAUCACAAGAACUGCAAUAUAGUGCCCCGGUACUUUCAGCUGGGAAAAACAUUGAAAUAGGCUUUCGGUUGUUUUUUUUAAUAUAUAUGUUCAAUUAACUUUUAUUAAAAUGUU